AUGUCGACGGGCGGCGACGGGUCCGCGGCGAGCGCGGGGGCGCCCGCGCAGACGGCCUCGAGGCCUCAGGCUGCUCCGAGGGUGACACCCUCGGAUCAGUCGUCGAGGGGCGUCGGCGUGCCUCGGGCCCGAAAGAGUGGCACGGGGCAAAUGCAGCAUGACUCCGGGGCCGUUGCCAAAGACGCCGCCCAGCUCGCGCCGACCAAAGCCCUCAAGACCGGGGCGCGAGCCACGCCGCACUCGGCGCCACAGGCCCUGCCCGUCGUGGAUAUCGUGGCGGAGGCCGCGAAGUUACGAGAGGCAAUGGCUCGCGGGGCCCAGGCGGCCCAACAGGCUCGAGCACCUGGGAAGGGGAGUGACGCCGGCCAGAGCGGAGCUGGGGUAGCCGCUCCGGCUGAUACCGUGGGGGGGGCCGGCCGGGGCGGUGCAGAUGACGCUGCCCAGCCGGACGUCGGAGCUGAGACCGGUCGGGGCGACACGGAUAGCGCCGCCCGGCCGGUCACAGAAGAAGGAUCUGGUGGGGGUGCGCAGGAGCGCCCCGCCAGCCAGGCGGAAGCGGUGACCCUCGUCCCCGGGCCCCCGGGGGCUGGGGUCGAGGGAGUCGUGGAGGAGUCAAAGCAGAGGGCGCCGGUGGCGGAGGAAGCCUGCGUCUCGGGGCCUGCAGAGGCCCGGGACGAGGGUGUCAUUGCGGUGAUGACGGCGCCGAUGGCGCCGGUGCAGGCGGCGACGAACAGCGUGAUCCCGGUGGUGCAGCUGCCGGACAGCAGCGAGGAAUACGGGGAUUCGAGAGACAUUGACCCCGCUGCUGCGGCAAGCGCCGCCAACAAGAUCGCUGAGUUCACGUCGGCCUGCGUGGAGGUGCUCGACGAGGGGACUUCCGGGGGACCCCAGCAUGGGGCGAUUAUCCAGUCUGUGGUCCCUUCGGAGUUUCUCCGCGAUGAGCGAGAGGAGGAGGCCGCCUGGCUGGCGCAGUACGAGGCGGGUUCUCAGAUUCAGAACCACCUCGAAUGCACCCUGCAGCUCCAUCGAACUACAGAUUAUCAGAUCAGCCAGCGGCUGAGGGAUAUCUCGCGCGAGAAAAGCACCGAGAUGACCCGGCUGUACUCCCAGGUACGCUGGCUUGGGCAACACAACACUAGCCUGGUGCUCCGGAGUGUCGACGCCAACACGAAGAUGGCGGAUCUGGAGGCGCGUCAGCAGGCGCUGGAGGAGGAGUUGGCGCGGACCGCCGGUGAGCGCGACGUCCAGAGGGCUGCAGCAGAGCAAAAGGCUCAGGAAGCCGAGGGGCAAAAUGCCGAGCUGCAGCGCACCAGGACAGCGUUCGAGCUGAACGAAGCCGAACUCCAGCGCAAGGAGGCCGAGCUCCAAGACAAGGAAGCCGAGCUCCAGCGCGAAAGGGCAACCGUCGCCACGCUCACCGGGACCCUCGAGGAGAAGGGCAAAGCUCUCGAGGAAAGGGAGGAGGCCCUCCGGAAUGCGGAGGCCGCCCUCAAGGAGAAGGAAAACUCCUUGUGUUCCCUCGAGGAGGCCGCCCGAGUCCAACGAGAGGAGGCGCAGAAGAGCAUCGCAGCCAUCAUGGACGACGCCGAUGCAGCCGCCGAAGAGUUCGCCGUGGUGCUUGCCGAGAAGCUCGAAGCCGACAUCCCCCCGAUAGCUGAGUUCGAUGCUGUUGCAGAUCCACAGAGGGGGGAUGACAACCUGUAG